UUGUGGCUGUCCCCCUCUGCAGCGUAUCUGGGAGGCUGAUCUAGAAGCCUGUCACCUCCUCCUCCGAGGCAUCCAGCUGCGUACCCCCUUCUGUAGUGGUGCGGACCCUGCCACAGUGGUACUACCCAGCCCCCAACCAGCCACUAAACAAGAAGCAGAUCUGCAGGAAUGUGCCAUGUUGACGGCUCUGGGGGGGCGCUGGUGCCCCGAGGCCAACCUACAGAACUCAGAGUUCACCAAGAAAUUGGAAGAGUUUUUAUUCUGCAUGGAGGAUGUUCACCCAGAG